AUGGCCUGGGAUGCUCUUUUGACCCAUUUGCUCAUCUCCUUAGUCCUCUGUCUUCUCCAUGUUGGACGCGUCUCCCCACAUGGGACCCAGGUGGAGCGAGCUACUGCUCCUGGAGAUUUUAUAAUCGGAGGAAUUUUCCCUCUCCAUGAAGACGUGGACAAAGAAAACAUGUCCUUCGAACCUCAUCUGCAGCCGUGCACCAGGUUUGAAGAACGGCGUCUGGUGAAGAUCCUGGGGAUGAUCAAUGCCAUUGAGACGGUGAAUAAAUCCCCCCUCCUGACUGAUGUCAACAUCACUUUGGGCUAUGAGAUCCUGGACUCAUGUUCAGACGUGGGCAUGGCUCUUAGAGCCACGGCAGACUUCAUGCAGAGCGAGCAGCCUGUGGUGGCAGUUAUCGGAGCGUCUCACUCUGAAACAUCCAUCGCCAUGGCCCGACAGCUCACCCUGAAGAUGAUUCCCCAGAUCAGUUAUUCAUCUACAGCAGUCAUCCUGAGUGAUAAGACCCGCUUCCCCGCCUUCAUGAGGACCAUCCCCAAUGACAAACACCAGACAGCUGCCAUGGCCAGCCUGCUCAGCUCCUACGGCUGGAACUGGGUGGGAAUCGUCACCACUGAUGGAAACUACGGCCAGUCGGCUCUGGAACACUUUGUGUCCCAGGCGUCUCUGAAGGGCAUCUGUGUGGCCUUUAAGUCCAUCCUCCCUCAGUCUGUUACCAGCCAGGAUGUGCCUUCUGCAAUACGACACACCGCUGAAACUAUCUUGAAGAACCCUAAGGUACAGGUCAUCGUGUCAUUUGCUAAGUCCAGCCACAUGACGGCGUUGUUCGAGGAGCUGCAUGCUCAAAUGAUCGCAGCGGGUCAGAGUGCUGAGUCCAUGACCAGAGUGUGGGUGGCCAGCGACAGCUGGUCCCUCUCUGGUGCUCUGACAGCUGACCUCACCCUCGAGGACAUUGGACACGUGGUGGGCUUCACCUUCAAGGGUGGAGACUUGUCAUCGUUCAGCGCCUACCUGAACCACCUGGAGGAGGCGGGGCAGGAGUUGGCGAGGAAUAACUCCUUCAUAGAGGAGUUCUACAUGAGGCUGAACUCCAGUAAAGAAUCGGAGGAAUCUGAGCUGGUGUCCAGAGCCGUGUCCAGACUGAAAGAGUACUCCCACUCUGACACCGUCUUCAGCGUGGAGAUGGCCGUGAGCGCCAUCGCUCAAGCUGUGGCGUCGAUCUGCGCAAACAGAGACUGCAAAACUGCUGGAGCCGUGCAGCCCUGGGAGGUGCUGAAGGCUCUGUGGAUGGAGGAGUUCAAACUUCGAGGAAAGAGCUACAAGUUUGACAGUAAAGGAGACAUCAACCUGGGCUAUGACGUGGUCAUGUGGCAAUCAGAUGGAGGAAACGUGGCCGUCCACAAUGUGGUGGCUGAAUACCACCCACACAACAACAGCUUCACCCACACCAACAGCAGCACCAUGCAGCACCUGCACUACCUCGAGAACAUUAUAUCAAAGUGCUCGAACAGCUGCAUCCCUGGCGAGUUCAAGAAAACAGCUGAGGGUCAACACACCUGCUGUUACGAAUGCAUCAACUGUACCGAGAACUACUUCUCCAACAGCACAGAUAUGGACCAGUGUCUGAGCUGUGACGUGGACACUGAAUGGUCUCCUCAGGGCAGCUCCAGCUGUAAACCAAAAGUCCUGCUCUUCUUCUCAUGGCAGGACGGCUUUGCCAUCGUCCUCCUGACCUUCUCUGUGCUCGGCAUCAUCCUCACUCUGCUCGUCUCGUCCCUGUUCCUGCAUCAGAGGGACACUCCUGUGGUGAGAGCGGCCGGGGGCCCGUUGAGCCAGGUCAUCCUCUUCUCCCUGGUCAUCAGCUACAUCAGCGCCAUGCUGUUUGUGGGCCGGCCAAACAGAAUCCAAUGUAAGUCUCGCCAGGUGUUAUUCGGCAUCAGCUUCACACUCUGUGUGUCGUGCAUCCUGGUGAAGACACUGCAGAUCCUUCUGGCCUUCCAGUUCAACCCCGAGCUGCAGCAUGUUCUCCGGAGACUCUACCAGCCCUACGUGGUCGUCAGCAUUUGCGUGGCCUUACAGGUGGCCACAUGCAUCUGCUGGCUGGUCCUCAAAAGCCCCUUUAACACCACCAUCAGACUGCCCGACACCCUGCUGGAGGACUGUAAUGAGGGCUCCUACCUUGCCUUUGGGGUGAUGCUUGGAUACAUCGCUCUCUUAGCCUUCGUCUGUUUCGUCUGUGCCUUUAAAGGACGAAAGCUGCCGCAGCACUACAACGAGGCCAAGUUCAUCACCUUCAGCAUGCUGCUCUACCUCAUCUCCUGGAUGCUCUUUGUCCCCGUCUACGUCACCACCACUGGUGUGUACCUGCCGGCAGUGGAGAUGGUGGUCAUCCUCAUCUCCAACUAUGGCAUCCUCAGCUGUCACUUCUUCCCAAAAUGCUAUGUCAUCCUCUUUAAAAAGGAACAGAACACCAAGACCGCUUUCCGGAAGAAUCUUUACGAGUUCUCCACUAGAAGCAAAGACUCAGUGUCUGUUUCUGGGAGUGUAGUAUCAGAGAAACCAUCCAGCGGUUUCCACACUGUCAGCAGUGUUUCCACUCUCUCUUCACCCACAGCCGAUCCUCUCAAACCCGCCAUGGUGAUGGACUGCAGAGAGACGGGCUGCCCUGGGUUCCACCGAGGAUCGGUCACCAGACGGUCGGUCCUCAGGAGGAGUACCAGCAUAUGAACUCUUUAUUUCUGUUAAAUAUGGA